AUGACAAGUACAAGUAAAGAUAGUAGUAGAGGAGUUGCUGCAGCAAGCGUAUUUAAAAACAGGUAUUUGUUGCUGACGAUACUUGGGUUUACGAGAGACUAUGACAAUGUAGAGUUGUUUGGAGCACGUGUACCGGUGUAUCAACCAACACAAGAUGAUAUUAGAGACAAGAAGAAGUAUUGCAAGAGACGUCGGUACUUGGAGUUGGUACGUGACUUGGACUGGGUGAUCGAACAGAAUUACUAUAGUCUGUUACGAGAUAUCUUGACAACACGUCCAGAGGAAGCUGCUAGGUUUGCAACUGCUAAAACAAUACAGCUGACGCAACACUUGGUUGGUGAUACUGCAAUGAUCACCUUGUUGUUAAAGGCACUACCGGACCAGUUUUACAACUACUUUGCACCGGGUCGUGAUGACCCUACAAAUGUGCCGUCUCUCGGUCCCGUAGCAAGCUACUUGCAACUAAUUGCACAAAAUGGUAAUGUGGAUGUGUGGAAUGCUGUCAUUACAUUUAUCAACAAGGGGAUUGCCAGCAAGACUAUCUCUGCUCCUCCACCAAUACCUCCUCCUCGAGGUGGUGGUGGUAUAGCAUUCUUCCAAUUCUACACUGGGACUGUUGAAACAAGUGAUGAUAAUCAUCCACGUUUCAAUACUAUCCUUCCAAUACUAUUUAAACAAAAGGUGCAAAUGUCUAAAGAUACAUUAGAUGUGCGUAACAUCAAGGUGAUGCAACUGAUCCACCAAUGCAUAAAGUCUAAUCAACUUAGAAUGCUAGCUCAUAUAAUCAACAUGGUUGGUGUUGAUCGUGUAUGUGCGUUCAUUGAUGACAUGGCUAUUAAUAAUAAUAAUAAUGCCAACCCACUCCAAGUACACAUGUUAAACGACACACAUGUCGCUGCCACCGAGACACUCCAAUAUAUCUCUAAAACUCUGCCCUUCAAAACACUAUGCAAUCUCUUUAAAACACCUCUUCCAAUGAUCCUCCUCACCAACGACCAUUUACUCAUCACGUCUCACCUCACCUCUUUUCCAAAACCAACUAAAUCCGAUUACUUUACAUUCUUGGACUACUUGCUUCGAAACCAUACAACUCAAUCUUCAUCCUCCUCCAUUUCACCUGUUGUCUUGACAAUCAUUAUAAAUCACUUUCUUCCUCUUGUCUCGACACUCACAACAUGUGAUGAAUUGGUUCACAGAGUCAAUUCAACUUUUACAACACCAACCAAACAAAAUAAUCAAAACAAAGAGAUUGUUUGUAAAUACAAUUUAUCUUAUUUAAUAGAAUUGUAUUUUGAAUUGACAAAUAACAAAGACAAAGACAAAGAUGUCCAUAAUCAAAAAAUAGAAGAUACAUUCCAAUAUUUGGUUCAACAACAUACAACCCAUACUGAACCAACCCUCAACAAAAGAUGUGAAUAUUUAUUAAAAAGAGUUGGAUUUUAUUCUAUUUGUCAGUAUGGGACAUUAGAGAUUGUAAAGACAUCAUUUACAUUAUUACAACAAACACCAAAAGACAAUACAAAUAUUAAAUUUGGUAAACAAUCUGUUAAUUUGUUAUCAAGAGAUGUAUCAGUAUUGUCAUUUUGCACUGAUAUCAUUGUUGCCAACAACAACAAAAACAACAACAAAUUGACAUUGACAUUUAAUGCAAAAGAUUCUUCACAAGCCAUUAAAUUAGCAUUUGACAAUACCAGUGGUAGUAGUGGUCGCGGUCGUCAAUCCUGGGAUAUUAUAGAAUAUUUGUGUAAUAUAGCAACAACCAUACCAAUCUUCAAAACAAUAUUCAAUAUUCCACCAGAAUUAUAUUCUGUGCUUUGUCAAAAAGGACUUUCAAAUUUGGCAAUUGCAUUACAACCAAAUGGUGGUAACGGUAACGGUAGCAGUGGUGACUAUUCGGUAGUUGUUAAUCCACCAGAUUCAUCAACACCAGCAGUAUCACAAUACCAAUCAACACAAGAUAGUUUAUAUAGAGCACAAUCAAUACUACAAAAUGCACAACCACACAAUUAUACAAGUAAUUGGAACAAAUUGUUUGAUAUGGCUACCAGUCGUCAACAAUUUCUAGUUGUAAAGUAUCUUGUUACAAAUCCACCUUCUACACCGAUCAUCCCAGUUAUUAGUCUAGAUGCAGCCAUACAAAUGAUGAAUUUCCAGUAUGUCAAAGAUUUGGUGGAAUCGGAUCUGGUAAGGAUUACUCUUUCAGUUGUCGCGGUUGAGACUUGGCAGUGUGUCGGUACGUACGGAUCGUUGGAAUGGAUUGAAAAGAUACUCUUAAAGUAUGACCCCUAUUGUACCGGUAGACAACUCAUUCCAAGAUUACAAUCACUUCGAUUCGGUGCUAAAUUAAAUUAUCAUCAUGGUACUCAAAUUAUAAAUGAAUUGGAUACCAACCCAAUCCUCAAAUAUUAA